AUGGUUUCAGAGGCAAAGGAACUUAGAAGUGCAGAAAAAAGGAUCAACUUUCAUGAGGAAUACCACAGAGCUUUAAGGACAAAAUCAUAUUCUGAUUUCUUUAACAAAGCUCAAUUACUUAAAAAUCAACCUUCUAUUUAUCAAAACAAGAAACUAUUUUCAGAAAUCCUCCUUGAACCAAGUCAAGAAACAAUAAUACCUUGGAUUGUUGAAUCAGCAAUUCUUUCAAAGAUACCAAAACUGAAAAAACUCAUGUUCACUUACUUUAACAUAAGUGCUGAGGCUUCACACAUUUGCAGCUAUCUUCUCGAAAGCACCAACCAAGUCAAGUAUAAUGAUAUGUACAUUCAAAGAACACUAGACAUUAUUAUGGAUGAUCAUGAUCAUGAUCAUGAUGAGUCUCUAGAUAAAUUUAGUCAAAUAAAUUUUGAGCUAGACUCAUUCAUCAUGUUCUCAAAAAACCCAUUUUCAAACCUUAUCAACAAUGAAUUCAAACUCAUUAGUGAUAACCAUUCAUCACUACUUCACCAUUUGAAGUCAAUGAGAAAAAGUGUUGGAAAGAAAAUUAAGGUAAUGAUGUUUUGGAAGUUUCCAAGAAGUGAAUUUGUUGGUGAAAUUAAUGAUCAAAUUGACAUAGCAGCCAAGGGAACAUACAUAUUGAAUAGAGACUUUGAUACAAUGAGUGGGCUUGUAACUAGGGUUCAUGAUGAAGUUGAACAUAAAAAGGCAAUGGUGAAAUUUUGUUUGGAAAGGAAGUAUGAUAGAUUAUGCAUGAAAAUAAUGAGGGAGGUUAUGAAAAAAAGUGAGAUUAGGUUUAGGAAACAAGUGGAAGAACUUGAAGAACAUGUUUACCUCUGCCUUUUGACAAUCAACAGAGCAAGAUGUUUGGUUAUGAAGGAAAUAUUGACAAAAACAUGUUUAAAAAGCUAUGGCAUGUAG